UGCGACAACAGUAGCGACUACAGCUGCAACCACAAAUGCGACAACAGCACCGACUACAGUUGCAGUCACAAAUGCGACAACAGUAGCGACUACAGUUGGAAUCACAAAUGCGACAACAGCAGCGACUACAGUUGCAAUCACAAAUGCGACAACAGUAGCGACUACAGCUGCAACCACAAAUGCGACAACAGCACCGACUACAGUUGCAGUCACAAAUGCGACAACAGUAGCGACUACAGUUGGAAUCACAAAUGCGACAACAGCAGCGACUACAGUUGCAAUCACAAAUGCGACAACAGUAGCGACUACAGCUGCGACCACAAACGUGACUACUGCAGGGACUACAGCUUCGACCACAAAUGUGACUGCACCAGACGCUACACAUUCAACCACAGACACGACUACUGCAGGGACUACAUCUGCAACCGCAAAUGUGACUACACCAGGGAUCACAGCUGCAAUCACAGCAACCACUGUGGGAACUAGUGCAGGGACAUCAUCAGCCACAACUCAGGCAACAAUUCCGAGUGAAGGGGCAGCUAAACUAGUUAUGACAAUUGACGAACCAUUCACCACCGACCUACAAAAUCCUCAAUCCGAGGAAUUUAUUAAUAUGACAAGUAGAUUUCGUUUAUUCUUGAUUCCACUCUAUCAAAAUGAAACUUGGUUUAUUGACAUUAUGGUUAACUCUUUUUCUAAUGGAAGUAUUAUCGCAGACAUUGAUGUGUUAUACAACACAACCGAAGCCACUCCGACAGUUGAAGAUAUUCAAGCGCCGAUCAUCGCAGCAAUAAAUAAUGGAUCGGCGCCGUUCGCUAUCCAAAAUCUGACAGUAACUUUCUCUGCAAACACAACUGCGACUACACCAGGAACUACAGGUGCAACAACAUCAGUUACGAAAAAGAGCAAUAAAGGCGAUGAUGGAUUUGAAACCUGGGAGAUUGCUUUGGUUGUUUCCCUUGCUGUCGUGCUUCUUGUUUUAGUAUUGGUUUCGAUUUUGGUGAGUAUACUUGUAAUUUACUUGUAAUUUACUCUGCGCUGAGGAUACUAAUUCCGAGCACUCUUUUGAAUUUCAUCAACAUCCUUUUGAAUUCCAUGAGCCGGUAUCUAUAGUUAGAAGAGACUUUACAGUAUGGAAAUGUCGUUUUUACUCGUUCUUUGACUUUGUGAUUACUUGAGUGUGGGGCAGUUUUAAACAAUGGCAAAUGACCAGCCGGCUUUGCGAGCACUGUUUGCCUGCGAAUCGGGCUUUUCAGAACCAGAAAUUAGGCUGGAGCACGCAUUCGUUUCAAUUCGGCAAACGAAGCAAGACAAAUGGGUGAAAUGGCAAAGUUCGCACGGUGCCCGGUUUGCAAAAAACAACUGCAAACUGCUCUUAUUCUUUCUGUCACUUUCAUUUGAUCUUAUCCGCGAGUCGGCCUCAACGGCCUUCGAUUUAUAUUGCUUGCCACACUUCAUUUAAUGAGUUUUUUCACGAAAGAUUCAAGCAUUAGAUCAUGAGAUUUGGAACUGCAUCAUAACUGUGACAACUUUACUCAUUCACUAGCGUUAAAGAUAAUGGAAGGCCGAUGUUGUCUAAGUUCUAUCUUAAUAUUCCGUUUCUUUUGCAGCCAAUGCAAAUGUUUCGUAAACAUCUCAUACGUCGUAUUUUUUUAAAGAUUUGACAAUAAAACAGCAGUCACCUUUUGGUGCCAAAUUCAAUGAAAGAUAAUGAGAUUCAUUUGUUGAAAUACCAUGACAAACAUAGCGCGUCGUGUAAUCGACCUUUUGACUGUUAACGUCUAACAUUUAAUUACUUAUCUUGUUGCAGAUUAUUUUUCUUAAACGCACAAGAAAAUGGCCCGGUUAUGCAAGGUAUAAUUUGGAAAAUCGCAGAAACAGCUUUGACUUGGAUUACAAUCUCUACUCUCAUGAUGCUGACAAACCAUAUUCAAACCCCACUAAUGGCAUUGCGGUACGAAUUACAUGACAGUUGUCGUAUACUUAAUAAUGGGCCAGUAAAUAUGAGCACCGUAUAAGCUUUUCCACCGGAUAGUGGUUUCUUUAAUUUUCGAUAUAAUCCAGAAAAACUGACAAAGACGUAUAAUAAUGUAGAAUGGAACAGAGAUUUGAUUUUUAUCCGAUUAUACGAAUCUAUGCAUAGAAAAACAGCAUUAUGCAAUAUAUUUUAGGUAUGUUUGACAUUAACUUUGACAAUCGAUAGUAUUCUACAAAUGAGGCUAUGUACUUGGCAAUGUCAAUACACCUCCAAUUUGGUUUACCAGUAUUGGAUGCACCAACAUGCGAUAUGCCAUUGUGAUUAUUUAACGCAGUCACCCAAACAAUGUAUAUCUACUUGCCCUCGGCCAAACACUGGAGGUUCUCUUCGAGUACACUGUACGAAUGCGAAAAUUGAGUCAAUAAUCUAUAACUGACCUUAACUGAAAUUAGAAUCAAGACAACAACAAUACGGUGCUAGUUAAUUUUCUUUGUUGCUCAUGAAUCAGUUAAUUGGUUAAUUAUUUGUGAGACGAUUAUACUUGACCAACUUAAUUUGUUAUAGCUCCAAUCGUACCUCCAUUUAGAAUACCUGAUUCUUCUUUGUAGAACUAUGCCCAGUCAAUGGAAAUAAAUGAGAAAGGCGAAAGUUUUCUAUGAUCCAAAAAGUCAAGGAGUCCACUCCAGUUCGUCAAAUAAAAGAAGAAAAUGCAAAAAAUAUUAAUGAACAGUUGUGUAAUUAUAUCAGUUGAAAGCAAAAACGAGUUCUUAUAUACGAGUCUUCGAUACCACCAUUAAGGCACAGAAAGCAUAUAACCUCACGUAACGAGCGAAACAUGAUUGAUAUACCUGGUUGCAGUGAACGAACAAACUUUAAAAGUAUGUAACAGUUCGUACCUAAAUGUAUUAUUUAAUGUGUAUACUAUUUAACUUCUUAUUUUUAUAUUUUGAAUGUUAGGAGACUUGUCUAUUAAUGACGCGAUUAAAUAAUCAACUCGCCUUCUAUAUUUUCCUGUUUGUUUUACUGAUCUUGAAUUAUAAUUGUCAUGUUUUUUGUUGUUUUGAAUGUAUAAAUUUAUAUUCGCUGCUAUUCUUAGUCCGUACGCAUGCGCAGAAAUUUCUCCACGGCUUUU